AUGGCCCCGGGCCGCCACUUUAUUAAAAAUGGUUGCCCGUUAGUCGAAUGUCGAAUGAGUUGUGUGCGGGACGGGCGAUUCUAUUUGAAUAAUUUCUGUUCGUGAAGUCGGAUAAUAGCAACUUUUUCAUUGUGUAAAACUCUAUCGACUCUCAGGAUUAUCACAAGAACGUUAAAGGUCGAAGAGGUUAGAAUGCAGCAAAUAGAUACAGAGGGUUGAUCUGCCGAAAGCUCCAAAUGUUCGAAAAUGAUACGCCGAAAUUAACGUCAAGUGUGCCAAAACACCUCUUGAGCUCUAAAAAACACUGGCCCUGCCACGCCCACCGGCAAUGCGUUUUUCUCGACUUGUCACAAGCUGUGACAUCGUCGACUGUCACUCGACAUGACUCCGCCACUGAGUCGGAAACGCGGGUCAUCUGUCAGUUUCACUCGAGCAAAAGAUGAUGCUGAGGAUACCGGAGAUGAGAUCCAAAUAUCCCUUGCUCCAUAUAUUCAGACAUACCUAGCCCACAGUGGUCAAGGGACGGGAUGUUGCGGAGUUGGCUUACCUAUUCAAUUCGAACGAGCUGCACCAAGAUCCUGGUGGAAUCCAAGAUUUGACUCUGAAAUACUAGAGGGCCAGUACAAAAGGAGUGCUUAUCCUCAAAUAAGGCUCAGAUUCAGAUAUGCCCUUGGGUAUAUUCUUCUUAUCUCCAUCUCAUGGUUGAUAUACUUUGUCAUCGAUGGAAUUGGAAAUGAAAGCAACUCGUCUUGGGCAGCCUUGGCAGUGGCUUUUGGGGCAGUUGGAGCAAUGGCUUCGGCCGUUCUAUAUUUCACCCACACAGACCACUACCGCUGCUAUGUGUUACCAACAUCUUUGCUAGUCGCAUCCGUCUUAUGCCUAUCAUCUUUGUUAUUCGUUGUGCUGAUACCCCCAGACUCGGAUGGACUGAGUCUGGUAGGACACUUUGCCCUGUGUACAGAGAUUUUACUCCUUAUUUAUACCGUCAUACCAUUGCCGCUUUACGCUUGUGUGGGUAUAUGUUCUGUUUAUUCAUUUCUAUUUGAAUUUUUAACGGCCUACCUUUAUGGAUCCAGUCAACUUGGUCGGCCUAACUCAGUUAACGAUAUUAAUUUGUACAAUAACUUUACUGGGGGUAGUUCAAAAUGGAAUAUUAUGGGAAGAUCUGAUAGCCCUGGCAGGGCAGCAAAUUUUCAAAACUCUACUCAUGACGGAAUGUUGCUGACCAAUUCUAACAUAUCCUCGAGUCUGAGCAAUGCAAGUCAUGUCUCAGAUGUUGAUAUUACAAGUGCCGAUCCCCCUAGUCUGGUGGCGAGAUUUACUGAAACAUUAAGCAAUUCGAAAUUAAUCUCAACUUUAAACUCGACUGUGAUUUCCAUGUUUGACAAUGGAAGUGUAAUCCCAGGUCUAAACGACUCAAACUCACCAAUUAAUACUAAAUCAACUAGCGGCUACAUAACUGCAAAUAUAAGCAACCGGUCAUCCUUUCAUGGGGCGACUAUCGACAGUAAGGCGACAGAAUCUGAGUGGAACACAUUGACCAGCCUCGCGCCAACUGCUUCACAGAAUUCAAGUAUUCCGGUUACAGCUGGUUCAGAUAUGGCCCUUGGACUUAUUGAAUCAACUAUCAGAACGAAUCUCAGCCUCCAAUCAAGCAUUGCGUCUGAUAAAACUUCGAAUGAUGAUGGGAUCGCAGACGCCUCGAGCGCAAUGAUAAGAAUAUUGAUGCAGGCGUCGAUACAUCUGAUUGGGCUUCAUAUUUUAAUAAUGACAUUUGUGCGUAUGCGAGGCACUUUUAUGAAAGUUGGUCAAUCUCUGCUUGUUCGCCGUCAGCUCGAAAUGGAGAAACUGCUCAAAGAAAAAAUGAUUCAUUCAGUGAUGCCACCAAAAGUUGCUGACUGGCUGAUGGAGGAAAGUGAGAGGGAGCGAGAACGAGAGGACUCACUCAAAAAGGGCUCGAUUCCUUCCAAUCAUGCUGACAUCCACUCACUCUUCCGCCCUUUCAACAUGCAUUCGAUGGAGAAUGUCAGUAUAUUAUUUGCUGAUAUUGUUGGGUUUACUAGAAUGAGCUCUAACAAGACUGCCGAAGGACUGGUGGCCAUAUUAAAUGAUCUGUUUGAAAGAUUUGACGACCUUUGCGUCCAACAUGGCUGUGAAAAGAUUUCAACUCUUGGAGACUGUUACUAUUGCGUUAGCGGUUGCCCGGAACCCAGGCCCGAUCACGCAAAAUGCUGCGUGGAAAUGGGUCUAGCAAUGAUAGAAGCGAUAAAACAAUUUGACAUCGAGAAACGUGAGGGUGUUAAUAUGCGCGUUGGAGUGCAUACAGGAACAGUUCUUUGUGGAAUCGUGGGUACCAAACGCUUCAAGUUCGACGUAUGGUCAAACGACGUUACUCUGGCCAAUAAGCUCGAAAGCACGGGUAAACCUGGUCGGGUACACCUCAGCGAAGCAACGAUGAGUUUUCUUGGUAAUCAGUAUCUUACAGAGGAUGGCGAUAUCAUCAAUGGUGUCAAGUCAUACUUCAUAAGAGGUCGGAAAGCGGAUCUCGUCAACCAAUUUAUGGCAAAUGUGGGCAACACUGGCAAGAACCUUGUUUCACCAUCGUCGUCAUCGUUAUCUCCUGCCCCACUGUCGCAAACUCAACCUUUUACACACAAUUCUCGUCAUCGGUUAGCCUCCUGUAACAUUCAGGCAAAAGCCUCAAGGCCUCACUACCUCCACAUGGUUACCAGUCCUUCGAGUUACAGAGUAAAGGCAAACUCUUUACCAAGUAUACUCGACUCUGACAACGAAGGGGAUACAGGGGACGAGAAGGAUGACCUGAAUAAAAGCCCAACUUCAAUUGCGAGUUAUGGUAAAAAAAAAACUAAACAAAAACCCUGGCGAUAUUUACAAAGGCAGAGAACUACCGAGGAAAUGACUCCGCUGGAAAAGGAAAAAGGAGAACCAACGAAUAAUCCUCACCCAUAUCAACCUGCGCCAAACGCGAUUCAUGAAGAAUCUACAAAUGGGUAUUACCAAGAGGCACCGGUUGGCAAUGCGGUUGAAAGUGACCCCAUGCCCGUGUCUACCUCGCCGUUGAUGUGCCAAGAAUCAGAAAGUCAGGCUCCAUCGGUUUCCAGUCGAAAAGAUUCUGGAAUUCGAAGCACUAGUCGGCGUAGCAGUAUUCAGCAACAGUUGUACUUCAUGAAUGGGAUGGCCCAGGGAGAUAUGUUGGGGCACAGGGUGAGCGGUUACUACACGUCGAGUCAAUCGACUUUGAACUCUACUCAGGAUCAUACAUCGUCCGUUCCUCCGUAUCCGUUUCCACCAGCGGUAACAGAUACGUUUGGUGCCUGUUUUCACAAACUACGAAAACAAUCCGAUCUUCAGUUAAUUAGAUGUGUCCAGGACAACGUGAGUUCUCAGCGUUCGUAUUUCGUGAAACCUCCAUUGUCGGGAGUCACUUUAUUUUUCAAGAAUAAGGAAAUGGAACAAGAGUACAGGCAGACAGCCCACAAGGCAAGUCAGGGUUUAGGCGAUAAUCCGCCGACAUUAGCAACAUCGCGAUUCAACACCUACUUCGAUAUACUGAUAUCUGCUCUGGUAUUCACCUCCGUCACAAUAUCACUGUUCUUAUUAUAUCGACCAACGAUAUACUACAUUGUAUUUGCGACUGUCGCUACUGUGAUCCAGCUCUUCGCAGUUUACCUCUGCAUACGGCAACUUUUGAAUCCGAACACAACUCACACCACUUUUACCCAAAGCAUAUUCAAAUUCUGCUCCCAGUGGCAUCCGUGGCAUGCUUGUGGUGCAGUGUUGGUCAGUUUACCGAUCGUUUCAAUUUUAUUAAACUUCACACGUGAAACAGUCAACUCAAAAUACGAUCAUAUCGAGUAUUGCUACAGCUACUUGGUAUUCGUUGGUUUAGUGCACUUCUGUAAUUUCACGCAACUCAAUUGUUGGAUGAAAAACCUCCUCGUCACGGUCACCGGACUGCUAUUUAUUGGUCUAGUAGCUACUCACGUCUCAACUUGUCAAGAAAUUUUUGGUCCCUCACAGCCAGUGACAACUAUUGACUCGAAUCCACCUUUCAAUCCAAACUCUGGACGGCUGGACCUACUGGGUCACCCGAAGAAUAUGAAUUUAACACCUGAUCUGAAACCACCAUCAUUCGAAGCCCUCGAUUACUCCCUAGAAAAGAAAGAUUCUUCAAAUAUGAUAAAGAGAGGCAUCGAGAAGCGUGAGGUCGAGAUAAUGGCUGACCAUUCUCGUAUAGUACGAAGCAAUGAACGUCUCUACAAAUCGGAAAUAUAUCUGGAUAUGAUAUUACUUCUCCUCCUGGUGUGGUUUUUGAACCGUGAGUUCGAAAUUAGUUACAGACUAAGUUUUCACGGCAACGCAGUUGCUGCAAGAGACAAGGCCCGGGUUCAGUCGAUGAAAAAUCAAGCGGACUGGCUCCUACAUAAUAUUAUACCGAAGUAUGUCGCUGAUCAGUUGAAAACCACUGCUAAAUAUUCUCAAAAUCACAAGUCAGUCGGCAUUAUAUUCGCAAGUAUCGUGAAUUUCAACGAACUUUAUGACGAAUCAUAUCUAGGCGGUAAAGAGUAUCUCCGCGUACUUAACGAGCUUAUCGGAGACUUCGACGAGCUCCUUGAGAAGCCGGAGUUUUCAAACGUUGAAAAAAUCAAAACUAUCGGAAGUACGUUCAUGGCUGCUAGUGGUUUGAAUCCCCAGGUACGGCAGAGGAACGAACAUGAGUAUACGCAUCUCCAUCAACUCCUAGAAUUUGCGGUAUCGAUGCAUCGGGUCAUAUACGAUUUCAACCGGGAUCUUCUCGGAUUUAAAUUGAUAUUAAGAAUUGGGUUUAAUUACGGUGACGUCACUGCCGGAGUAAUCGGGGCCACCAAAUUAUACUACGAUAUUUGGGGAGACGCAGUAAAUAUAGCUUCUCGUAUGGAUUCAACCGGUGUUGCCGGCAGAAUACAAUUCGCUAGUAAUUGUUUAGACGUCCUGGCAGAUCGGUACGACUUCGAACCUAGGGGUCAGGUUUACGUCAAGGGUAAAGAUAAUAUGGAUGUUUUUCUGUUGACCGUGAAAGACCCAGGCGGCGAAUGCAGUUGAGAGUAAAUAAUACACUAUUACUGUGUUAAUAAAUGUAAAUUGUUAAAUCAAUUCGACGAGGUACAAGUUAUUACUGACGUUUCCUUGAUUAACGUUAUAGUUGAUAACACCGAAUCCUACACGCCCUACGAUAUCGCGGUACGGUCGUUUCAAUUAUUUUCCUAUAAAUAUA